UAUAUUUAUUUAAUCACUGGGGGAUGGGGUGGUCUCGAUCCAAAUGCUUCCUCCUCCCUCAAACGCACAGACGCCUCUUUCGCACAUCCUACGUAGGUGGAACAGGACGCGUUGUGUUGUUGAGGGAGAGAGAGAGAAAAGAGAAGGAGAAGAAGGAAGAAAAAAAGGUUGAUAGGUUUGUGCGCGGGUCCCUCGUGCUGGCUGCGCUCCUCCUGGGUGCUAUUUGACAAUUCCUGCCUCUGCCAUUGGUCAGUGUUGGAUCAGAUGGUUGUAUUUCCUUCUGGCCCUCACUGGCACCUCGCCAUCCCCCCUCAGCUAAAACCCAAUCUCGGAUAUACUACUAAUAGGCGCGGCGCUCGGACUAUAAAACACAACAAAUCAUAAACCCGGCGGAGCAGCAGCGGCCGCGCGCGCCUCCCCUCCCAAUGAGUUCCUAUUUCGUGAACUCCACCUUCCCAGUCACUCUGGCCAGCGGGCAGGAGUCCUUCCUGGGCCAGCUACCGCUCUACUCGUCUGGCUAUGCAGAUCCGCUGAGGCACUACCCCACGCCCUAUGGGCCGGGGCCGGGCCAGGACAAGGGCUUUGCGGCUUCCUCCUACUACCCGCCGGCCGGAGGCGGCUAUGGCCGCGCGGCGCCCUGCGACUACGGGCCGGCGCCGGCCUUCUACCGCGAGAAGGAGUCGGCCUGCGCGCUCUCGGGCGCCGACGAGCAGCCCCCGUUCCACCCUGAGCCGCGGAAGUCGGACUGCGCGCAGGACAAGAGCGUGUUCGGCGAGACAGAGGAGCAGAAGUGCUCCGCUCCGGUCUACCCCUGGAUGCAGCGGAUGAAUUCGUGCAAUAGUUCCUCCUUUGGGCCCAGCGGCCGGCGAGGCCGCCAGACCUACACGCGGUACCAGACGCUGGAGCUGGAGAAGGAAUUUCACUACAAUCGCUACCUGACGCGGCGGCGGCGCAUCGAGAUCGCGCACGCCCUGUGCCUGACAGAGAGGCAGAUUAAGAUCUGGUUCCAGAAUCGGCGCAUGAAGUGGAAAAAGGAGAGCAAACUGCUCAGCGCGUCUCAGCUCAGUGCCGAGGAGGAAGAAGAAAAACCCGCCGAGUGAAGGCACUGGAUAUGGAGGGGUGACGCGAAGGGAGAGGCACUUAGGGAGCCCACGGCGUCGGAGAGUCCCGAGGACGCUCUGCAGGCGGGGGAGCCCGGGGGUUUGCUUCCCCGCGCCACAACCGGCGGGCCCAGAGCUCUCCCGGACGCCCCCGCCCACAGAAGUCCCGCCCAGGCGCUCGGAGGUCGCGCUUCCCCAGCACACCCCGCACCCGGCGCCCCCUGCCUCCCCGCGGAGACCGCCGCGGCCGAAUCUGGCACCCCUCGUGAGAACCAAGGACCUGAUUCACUUGAUGUUUCCUGGAAGCAGAGCAAAAUGCUCUUGUCCAUGUCGCGUCUCCUCAUGUCGUCUAUGUCCCCCGUGCACGGUUCAAUGGUAGAUUCGCUGUCCCCUCAGCGGGGCCUCGAAGACUCCCUGACCCCAGACCUGUUGUUUCUCCCACCCCCUCCCCAAAGCCACUGGAAGGAGCACAUACUACCUAGAAGUAAGAAGAGGAGCCUCAGAAGAAAACAAAGUUCUAUUUUAUUAAUUUUCUAUGUGUUGUGUUUGUAG